CGUGCCUCUAAAAGUAAACAAACUUAGUUUUCCUGAAUUUUCCAAGGAAAAUCCCACAAAAUUUAAUAAAGAAAAUUAAUAAAACUACUUAGAAGUGUUAGUAAGCUGUGCACUGUGUUACUUUGUGAAGAUUUUGAAAAGUGUGGGAAAACCAUGACUGAAAGUGUUAAAGAAAUAAUUGGUGAAUUGCGGCCGUUACGCUGUGAAUUGGAUAUUCUUUCACGUUCAGAUGGUUCUGCGGUCUUUGCUCAAGGUGAGACGGUCGUUAUUGCAUCCGUCCAUGGUCCUGUUGAGGUAAAACUGCAGAACUUACAGUAUGAUAGAUCCAGUGUGGAGGUAUUCUACAAGAGCAAGACUGGCCAGCAAAGCGUGGGAGAUCGAUUCCGUGAGCAGUACAUUCGAAAUACCUGCGAAUCGGCACUUCUCACAGCAAUUUAUCCUCGCACAGCGAUUUCACUCCAAUUGCAGGAAAUGGAAGAUCGUGCUGGGUUAAUUGCGUGCGCGGUCAAUGCAGCGUGCAUGUCACUUCUGCACAGCGGACUUGAGAUGCGUUUCCUCGUGGCUGCUGUCCACUGUGCCCUGCGUCCUUCUGGUGCCAUACUCUUUGAUCCUGAUGUGCGAACAAUGGCCGAGGAAGGUGGCACUGUGGCUGCAUUUACAUUUGCUUUCGACAGCAUUGACCGACGGACGGUGGCUGUUCACACGGAGGGUAAGUACACUGCUGAACAAUUCAACCAGGCACAGAAUGCGUGUCGUGAAGCCAGUGCGGCCAUCUUUGAUUUCUACCGAAGCAGUUUUAAGAAGUACAUGAAGGUUUACUGCUGAUAUCCUUAAGAUUAUGUUCUUAUUGAUUAAAAUGACAUUAAAAAUCACAAAAA